CACUGCGCAUGCGCGCCAUAUCCAACAUGUCCGCGCCCAACAACAAGGUGGUGAAGGCUGAGUAUUUUUCAUAACAAGCGUUAAUAAGCAGCUUGUUAGACAGUCUGUGCACAGUUUGGGACUGAAUCCUGUUUCGUUAGAGUCAUACCGAAGUUUAAGAUGCUCAGAAAACGUUAACUGAAGCAGUGUUGAGUGAUUUCAGUGAGUUGUCUGCUGUCUCUGAUGCUUUUAUUUUGAAAUUCGACCUUUAAUCGAACAAAACAAGUGCAAAACUUCAGCUUUUGUUUUGUUAAACGAAUGCAUUACUUGGAUUUAGAAUAUCUCCACUUAUAACAAUUAUAGUAGCAUAUAACUUUGCUGCAAAUACAAGUUUUUAAAUGACAUUUGGCUGAAAGCAGUAUGCACCAAAGCCAAGUCAUACUGGGAUCUUUUUGGUGACUCUUCCACACAGAUCUGCUCAUACAAUGGCUUACAGGAGAGCUGUGAGCCUUCUGCUGAGAAGAAGCGAGUGUGUCUUUAAUCCGUGCACACCUCGUUUACUAAAAUCACCCAACAUCAGCAGCCAGACUUUAAGAUUUCAUGAUCACUGCAUCAGAACCACAAGGAGCGUUCACACCUGUACGCCGCUCAUGGUGGCCAGGUUACUGUCGGUGGAUGAGCUUUUUGCCAAGAGGUCUCUGCAGGAGUACCUGAAGAAGAUGGAGACAGAGUACGAUGAAUGUUUGAGAGAGACAGAUGAGCAGAGCAAUGAGGACGAACUGAGAGCCAGGAGGAUCAGAGCGUCCCUGCUGGCUCCUCUUAUCCACAGCAUCAGAGAGCUGAACACCAAACAAAAAGACUUUGCAGAGACGGAGACACUCCUGAAAGAUGAAGAUCCGGCCUUGCGAGAACUGGCAGAGCUGGAAAGAGAAAGCUGUUUGCAGCACAUUCGAGAUCUAAGUCAAAAGAUCCUGGAUCUGUUGAUCCCUGAAGAGGAGGCAGAUCUAAGCGACCUCGUCUUAGAGGUUACAGCUGGUAUCGGGGGCCAGGAGGCCAUGCUGUUCAGUGCUGAGAUGUUUGACAUGUACCAGGGCUACGCUCAGCACCAGGGCUGGUCCUUUGACAUCCUGGAGCACACGACCAGCGAAAUAGGUGGACUGCGUCACGCCUCGGCCAGCAUCAGUGGCCCUCAGAGCUACAAGAGGAUGAAGUUUGAGGCUGGAGUCCAUCGAGUUCAGAGAGUUCCCAAGACUGAAAAACAAGGCAGAAUGCACACCAGCACCAUGACUGUCGCUGUACUACCACAACCCACUGAGAUCUCUUUCACGAUCAACCCGAAGGACCUGAGGAUAGAAACAAAGAGAGCAAGUGGAGCUGGAGGUCAACAUGUCAACACCACAGACAGCGCAGUCAGAAUAGUCCAUCUGCCUACAGGUGUGGUUGCAGAGUGCCAGCAGGAACGUUCCCAGCUGAAGAACAGGGAGAAAGCCAUGAAGGCUCUGAGAGCAAAACUGUACAGCAUGAAACUAGAGGAAGAGACCAGCAAACGCUACAACCAGCGCAAAAUACAGAUUGGCACCAAAGGCAGAUCAGAGAAGAUUCGAACCUACAACUUUGCCCAGGACCGUGUAACAGACCACCGGAUCGGCAUGACGGUGCACGACGUCAAGAACUUCCUGUUGGGAGAGGAUCUGCUCGACGAGAUGAAUUCAUCGCUACAGGAAUUCUCCAACCAGGAGACGGUCAUAGAACUUCUAGGAGAAAACGAUCAGGACGAUUUAUGAGUUUGAACACGGAUUCUUGCUACAUGUUUAAAGCACUGACUGUUAUAUUGGUCUACUGCAGGAAAUCAUGAUGGAUUAUAAAGGUGACCAAGUCUUAAUGCUUCUGUCCAUCUGUAACAAACAUUGUAAUUUCGUACAAAGCGCAAACAAAAAGUGUCUAAUAAAAUAACUGUUUCCAAGUGUUUAGCCUGUAAGAGUAUGUGUUUUACAAAUUAAAUAAUUAAUUUAAAAUCA